UAGAUACAUUCAACAGUGAAAUCAGUCGUUCGUCGGUAAUCAUGUAAAUAGGUUAGUUUUAUUUUCGUUGCUUCGUUGAUCGCAUUAAGUUAGGUUAGGUUGUUUCAGUUUUUGAUGGACGAGCACGAAUAAACGAGUGUAAUUAAACUAUAUUUGUAUCAAUUAUUAUUUGAAAAAGAGAUACUCUUCGCAAAACUUUCAAGAUUUAAAAUAUUUUGGUUUUGGAAUGCAACUCAAAAGAGCGAUUGAUCAGGCAGUGAAAUAACUGUCAUGAGAGCGAUUAUGUUAGUGUAAGUGUGACUGUAUUUUCACUUGAGCUCUCCAUUUCGAAAAAAGAGCAAUCAUUGUACUACGUGGGACUUGAAGCAAAAUACUUGCAGAGGAAUUGUGACAAAGCGAGAUAUAUUCCGAUUGGACCAUAAUUGUGUUAUGUCGACUGCGGUGAUCCAAUUACAAAUAUACGACAAUUUACGAUGCUGACAAUAUGCCCGACGUGUCGCCACCGUUUUCUUCAGCCGAGACACUUUCAAGAAUCGAGCGAGCAAGAUAGGUGGAAAGAAGCGAAAAAAGAGGAUGAGAAAGAAAAGAUCGCUAAUACAGUCCAUUCGACGACAUCAACUUGUUAUGUCGGUGGUCUCCUAGUUCCGCGCGAAUAUACUAAUGGAGAUAGCUGUUUUGUAAACGCACCGACAAUCAUCCAUGGAUCGACUGUUGAACCGUUUCAAUCAGCUGUAGCUCACUGCGAUUCUAAUAUUGGAAUUGCCGGUUCCGAAACAGUGGAUCUCUCCUGCGAUCCUCAGUCAUCGAGGAAACAGGAUGACUAUUCGCUUUCAAGAUCGUGGAAAGAUCAAUUGAACAAUCAGGCUUCUUUGAUUAUGGCAGUAGAGAAUGUCGCCUACGAGACAUCUUCCGAGCAACAUAUCGUGACUACGUGCAAAUUGGCUGGCGGUAGCGUUACGAUUACCGCACCCAAUAUACAGUGGAGCAACAGUUUAAUCCAGAGUACGGAAGAUGGAAUUCGAGUACAACCUCCGCAUGUUGAGAUUCAGCCAAAGCUUACCGGUGGCGGUUGUCUUAUACAGAAAAGUGUAUCCACCGAAACCGAGCAAUUGUCAACAUCUAAAGACACAGAGAAUUCAGCGCUCAUAGAUAAUAAUGCUCAUCAGAUGCUUAUUGUGUCGCCAAGCGGCUGUUCAGAAUUACCUGGGAACAAAUGGAUAUACUCGCCUAGAACGAAAACAGAAGAAAACAGUGAAACAACGAGUCCGGAGUUAAAGCAGCAGCAGAUGCCAAACACGAUUAGAACAAACAAAUGUUGCGACUGUAUGGUUCAGCAGAAAUUCUGUCAGUGUUAUCAACGGUCAUCCGAUGCGUCUCUCGUAGACAAUCACGAUUCAUUGUUGCUGAAGCCCGUCGGCAGUGGCGUGCAAAUUCGACUUAACGCCACUGUGCAACUACCUGCGAACUUGGGUCAAUGCACGGUAAAUAUCACAGCGACAACGGCGCCGUGCAGUCCAGUUACGAAGCCGACGACAAAGCCGCGCACUAGGAAUAACUUCAAUGGAGGUGGCAUCGUACAACCGGAGGAAGCAGAUUGCGCGACGAGAAAUCGGAUUAUCGCAAUCAAAGAUAGCAAUAGUAACGAGUGGAAGAACGAACCUCCUAUGUCCUGGUUAAUGCCUUGUCCCUGGAGCUUGGGCACAGACCUGCUAAACAAAGACGUAAAUAGAUUACGCGAAGUAAGGAAACUGUUGCAGAUUUGUGGUUGGUAUCACGAGGGUGUCACUUGGCAGCAAAGUGAAGAUCUUUUGAAGAACGCACCUGUCGGUCGGUGGCUGAUGAGAGACAGUUCGGAUAGUAAAUACAUUUUUGCGGUAUCUAUACAAACGGCCAGAGGGCCUACUUCCGUCAGAGUGCACUAUUUUUUCGGACAAUUUCGACUUGAUGCAGAACCAAGAUUGACAUUAGCAAUGCCGCUCUUUAGUUGUCCUAUUAGUAUGUUGGAACACUACGUCGAGUACUCAAAAAUCGAGCAUAGAAGAGAAGUAUGGGUUGACUACAAUGGUCAACUGUAUAGUCAUAUUUAUUUGACCAAACCUCUCGUCAAAGAAGUUAGAACAUUAUCGCAUCUGGCUAGGCUCGCCGUGAACCGAAACAAGCUACCCACCAAACAUUUGCCACUCUUAAUCAGAGACUAUCUUGCGGAGUAUCCGUAUACGCUUUGAGUGUACAGUCACGGCACACAAAUUCUAUCUUCCGAUAUCUAUAAAUUAGAUUUUAUUUUUCUACAUAUGGUACGGACUUUUUCCACAGUUUAUUUUUCGAUGAUUGGCGCCGGACUUUAUCUUCAAUCGCGUUGAUCAUAGAGAUUAUGUAAGAAGGAAGAGAAAUUGCGAAUGUAAUUAUAUAAAUCAAUUUCUCGUAUUAAUGACUUGUGUUCUUAUCGUCUGUUUCAUGUUAAAUGUGUUUCGUUACACAUGUGUUUUAUUUCUUAAAAUCAAAUAUGAUAAUAUCUUAUAUGAUAUAUUAUAAAAUUGCGUCUACUUGUAUGUAUUUUUUAAUACGUAUUAUAUGUAUUAUUUUAAUAUGUAUUGUAUGUAUUAUUUUAAUAUACUAAUUAUGUAAA